AUGACGAACCAACAAAAUCUCAACGGUCUCAAUGGCAACGGCAACAGCAACAGCAACAGCGAUCAGCAACAGAAACAGAAACACAAACCAAUCGUCCUCAUCACCGGCUGUUCCGAACAUAGUCUAGGCCACGCCCUAGCACUGGCAUUCCACGACGCCGGGUUCUGGGUCUUUGCUACGGCCAGGAACGUGGACCGAAUGGGGGGCGACUUGAGAAAUAAGUCAGAGUCCGAUAUUGUAUGUUUGAAGAUGGAUGUCUGUGAUCAAGGGUCGAUUGAGGAGUGUGUUGGGAGGGUGAGGGAGUUGACUUCGUCGUCCGAGUCAUCGAUGUCGUUGCAGUCUGAGACUACUGGCGACGGGGGGAGACUUGACGAGCAGAAAGAGAAAGGGAGACUGGAUAUCUUGGUGAACAAUGCCGGAGGAGGCUACAACAUGCCCGUGGCGGACAUUUCGAUCCCGGACGCAAAAGCGCUCUUCGACCUCAACGUAUGGUCGUACAUCAGCGUGACGCAAGCGUUUCUACCACUCUUGAUCAACGCUGCAACCACAAACACAGAUGGUACCGAAUCCAACCGCUCCCCCGGAGCCCCCAGCCUGAUAAUCAACAACACGUCGAUAUCUAGCGUGGAACCGACGCCACACAAUUCGGUCUACCACGCAUCCAAGGCCGCAGCGGCCAUGUUCAGCACGCACAUGCGUAUCGAGCUGGAACCGUUCAAUAUCCGCGUCGUCGACCUCAAGACCGGCUGUGUUCAUUCGCGGUUCCAUGCGAACCACCAGGGCGGAAAUGCCAGUUUACCCCCGGGCUCGAUUUACUCGCCCGUCCGGGAGCAGACGGAGAGUGCCAUGAGGAACGCAUUCCCGCAUCGAGAAGACCCGCACAAAUGGGCCCGUGAUGUCGUCGCCGACAUCGUCGGCCGUCGACGCAAUCCGCCAUUGGAGGUGUGGAGGGGCACGGGCGCCUGGAGGACCUGGUUUGCCAACACAUUUUUCCCGGUCGGGUGGUGGGAUGAGAGCUGGAGGAGGGCCGUUGGCUUGCAUCGGUUGAGGGGAAUGAGGAAAUAA